AUGGAUUAUUUGUGUGGCGCGGUUGGGAGUUACCACAGUGUCGUUCGAGGGACCGGUGGCACAUCUGUGUUGGGACUUAGCACAGUCAUAAGCAUGAAUCUUAAACUUGGGAUGCCCUCUGCAUCUUUAUUAGUAAAUCUUCUUUCAGCUUUGUUUAUUCCCUCUGUGGUUGGAGAAACAGAAAUAAGAUUUGCGGGGCAAACAGAAUUCGCUGUUAAUGAAACGAGCACGACUGUUAUCCGUCUAGUCAUCGAGCGAAUAGGGAACCCAGCAAAUGUGACUGCAGUUGUAUCGCUGUAUGGAGAAGACACUGGUGACUUUUUUGACACAUAUGCUGCAGCUUUCAUUCCUGCUGGAGAAACGAACAGGACCGUGUAUGUAGCAGUCUGUGAUGAUGACUUACCAGAGCCCGAUGAAACCUUUGUUUUUCACUUAACAUUGCAGAAACCUCCAGCAGAUGUGAAACUUGGAUGGCCAAGGAGUGUUUCUGUGAAAAUAUUAUCAAAUGACAAUGCAUUUGGGAUUAUUUCAUUUAAUAUGCCUUCCUCCAUCGUGGUAAGUGAACCCCGGGACAGGGAGGAGCCUGUGUCGGUCACUCUCAUCAGGGAAAAGGGAACCUAUGGAAUGGUCACUGUGACUUUUGAGGUGGAAGGUGGCCCAAACCUUCCUGAAGAAGACUUGAGUCCAGUGAGAGGAAAUAUUGCCUUCCCGCCUGGGGAAGCCACUGUACUUCUUACCUUGAUGGUCUUUGAUGAUCAGGUACCAGAAAAUGAUGAGGUAUUUUUCAUUCAGCUGAAAAGUGUAGAAGGAGGAGCUGAGAUCAACACCUCUAGGAAUUCAGUUGAAAUCAUUAUUGAGAAAAAUGACAGCCCUGUGAGAUUCCUUCAGAGUGUUUACCUGGUGCCUGAGGAAGACCACAUCCUGGUCAUCCCAGUGGCUCGUGGGAAGGACAACAGUGGAAACCUGAUCGGGUCUGAUGAGGAAGAAGUUUGCAUCAGUUAUGCGAUUGUAACUGGGAAUUCCACAGCAUAUGCCAAUCAGAAUGUGGACUUUAUUGAUCUGCAGCCAGACACAAUUAUUGUUUUUCCACCUUUGAUUCAUGAAUCCUAUCUGAAAUUUCAAAUAGUUGAUGACACUAUUCCAGAGAUUGCAGAAUCAUUUCACAUUAUGUUACUAAGGGAUACUUUACAGGGAAAUGCAGUGCUCACAGCCCCUUCUGUUCUACAAGUCACAAUUAAGGCAAAUGACAAACCUUACGGAGUUCUUUCGUUCAACAGCAACUUGUAUGAAAGGCCAGUUAUAAUUGAUGAGGAUACAACAUCAAGAUUUGAAGACAUAACGGUGGUUAGAAAUGGUGGCACCCAUGGGAAUGUUUCUGUGAGCUGGGUGCUGACACGAAACAGCAGCGAUCCCUCCUUGGUGUCGGCUGACAUUAGCCCAAGUUCUGGAGUUCUCCAUUUUGCACAAGGGCAGCUGCUAGCAUCAAUUCCUCUAACUGUUGUAGAUGAUGAUCUUCCGGAAGAGGCAGAGGCUUACCUGCUUCAGAUUCUGCCUCACACAAUACAAGGAGGUGCCGAAGUGAGCGAACCAGCUGAGCUCUUGUUCUACAUCCAGGAUAGUGAUGAUGUUUAUGGCCUCAUAGCAUUUUUGCCUAUGGAAAACCAGAAAAUUGAAAGCAGCCCAGGGGAACGACAUUUAUCCUUGAGUUUUGCAAGACUGGGAGGAAGGAAAGGAGAUGUGAGACUGCUUUAUUCUGCGCUUUACAUACCUGCUGGGGUCCUGGACCCCUCUCGAGCCAAAGAUGGUAUCUUAAAUGUCUCCAGAAGCAGCAGCCUUCUGUUCCCAGAACAAAAAACACACGUCACUACCAAAAUUCAGAUACGAAAUGAUGCAUUCCUUCAGAAUGGGGCCCAUUUCGUCAUCCAGUUGGAAACUGUAGGAUUGGUGAACAUUGUUCCCCCAGUCCCAUCCAUCAGUCCUAGAUUUGGAGAAAUCCGAAAUAUUUCUCUCCUGGUCAGUCCAGCCAUUGCAAAUGGAGAAAUAGGUUUUAUUAGCAAUCUUCCGAUCAUUCUGCAUGAACCAGAAGAUUCUGCUGCAGAGGUGGUGCAUAUCCCCUUGCAUCGCGAUGGAACUGAUGGCCAGGCUACUGUCUACUGGAGUUUGAAACCCUCUGGUUUUAACUCAAAAGGUGUGAAUAAAGAUGAUAUAGGUCCCUUUAGUGGCUCUGUUUUGUUCUUAUCUGGCCAAAGUGACACGACCAUCAACAUUACCGUGAAAGGGGAUGACAUACCAGAGAUGGAUGAAAUGGUGACGCUUUCUUUAGACAGGGUUGACGUGGACAACCAAGUGCUGAAGUCGGGGUACACAAGCCGUGACCUAAUCAUUUUGGAGAACGAUGACCCAGGGGGAGUUUUUGAGUUUUCUCCUGCUUCUCGGGGACCCUAUGCUGUUAAGGAAGGGGAUUCUGUGGAGCUGCGCAUCACACGGGCCAGGGGCUCCCUGGUGAAGCAGUUCCUGCGCUACCACGUGGAGCCGAGGGACAGCAGCGAGUUCUACGGGAACAUGGGGGUGCUCGAGUUCGAGUCUGGGGAGCAGGAGAUCGUCAUCACCUUGCUGACAAGGCUGGAUGGCAUCCCGGAGUUGGAUGAACACUACUGGGUGGUCCUCAGUAGCCACGGUGAACGUGAAAGCAGACUGGGAAGCGCCACUGUAGUCAACAUUACGAUCCUGAAGAAUGACGAUCCUCAUGGGCUGAUAGAGUUUGCCUCCAAUAGCCUGGAAGCCACCAUAAAGGAGAGCAAAGGAGACACUGUCUCCAGCGCUGUUUAUCGUGUGGUAAGAAAUCGAGGCAACUUUGGGAACAUUAGUGUGUUGUGGAUUGUUAGUCCAGACUUCACACAAGACGUGUCUCCCGUGCAAGGAAUCGUUUUCUUUGGAGAACAGGAGUUUUGGAAAAAUAUCACCGUUUACUCCCUCCCAGAUGAGAUUCCAGAGGAAAUGGAGGAAUUUACCAUUAUCUUACUAAAUGCCACUGGAGGAGCUAAACUGGGCAAUGAAACAGCUGCUACUCUGAGGAUUCAAAGAAACGAUGACCCCAUUUAUUUUGCAGAACCUCGUGUGCUGAAGGUCCGGGAAGGUGAGCGUGCCAACUUCACUGUCUUGAGAAAUGGAUCCCUUGAUGUGGCCUGCACUUUUCAGUACGUUACCAGGGAUGGGAAGGCUACAGCAGGAGAGGGCGACUUUGUUCCUGUGGAAAAAGGAGAGGCCCUUUUUGAGGUGGGAGUCAGAGAGCAGUACCUGUCCAUAUUUGUUCAUGAAGACGGGAUCCCUGAAACAGACGAGCCGUUUUACAUUGUCCUCUUCAACUCCUCAGGUGACACAGUAGUGUAUCGGUAUGGAAUUGCUACAGUCAUAAUUGAAGCCAAUGAUGACCCCAAUGGUGUGUUCUCUCUGGAGCCCAUAGAUAAAGCAGUAGAAGAAGGAAAGACUAAUGCAUUUUGGAUUUUGAGGCACCGAGGACACUUUGGCAAUGUUUCCUUGGCUUGGCAGCUGUUUCACAAUGGUUCUGUUUUGCUCCCUGGACAAGAGUUCUAUGAAACGUCAGGGACCGUUAGCUUCAUGGAUGGUGAGGGAGCAAAACCAAUAGUUCUGCACGCUGUGCCAGACCAAAUUCCUGAGUUCAACGAGUUUUACGUUCUGAAGCUUGUCAACAUCUCAGGUGGGUCCCCGGAUGCUGGGGGCCAGGUAGCAGAGAGUAACCUUCAGGUGACGAUAAUGAUUCCAUUCAAUGAUGAUCCUUCUGGCGUUUUCAUCUUGGAUGCAGAGUGCUUACAGAGAGAAGUGGCAGAGGACGUUCUCUCCGAAGACGACAUGUCUUAUGUGGCCAGCUUCACCAUUUUGAGGCAACAGGGUGUGUUUGGUGAUGUGCGAGUAGGUUGGGAAAUCUUUUCCAGUGAGUUCCCUGCUGGCUUGCCACCAAUGAUUGACUUUUUGCUCGUUGGGCUUUUCCCCAGCACUGUGCACUCGCAACCACAUCUGCGGCGUCACCACAGUGGAACCCAUGCAUUGUAUUUCAGUGGACUGGCAGGUGCCUUUGGCACUGUUAAUCCAGAAUACCAUCCUUCCAGGAAUAGAACAAUCACCAACUUUACUUUUUCAGCUUGGGUGUUGCCUAAUGCCAACACAAAUGGGUUUGUUAUAGCCAAGGAUGAUGGUAAUGGAAGCCUCUACUAUGGUGUAAAAAUUCAAACAAAUGAGUCCCAUGUGACACUCUCCCUUCACUACAAAACUUUCGGUUCCAAUACUACAUAUAUUGCCAAAACAACAGUCAUGAAGUAUUUAGAAGAAAGUGUUUGGCUACACCUGCUAAUUAUCCUGGAUGAUGGCAUCAUUGAAUUCUACUUGGAUGGAAAUGCUGUGCCUAGGGGAAUCAGGAGUCUGAAAGGAGAAGCUAUUACUGAUGGUCCAGGAGUUCUGAGAAUUGGGGCAGGAGUGAAUGGCAGUGACAGGUUCACAGGACUGAUGCAGGAUGUCAGGGCCUAUGAACGGAAACUGACGUCACAGGAAAUGUAUGAACUGCAUGCCAAGCCGGCCAAGAGUGACCUGCACCCCAUUUCUGGAUAUCUGGAAUUCAGACAGGGAGAGACCAACAAAUCCUUCAUUGUUUCUGCACGAGAUGACAAUGAAGAGGAAGGAGAAGAAUCCUUUAUUCUCAGGCUGGUCUCUGCAUAUGGGGGAGCUCGCAUUUCUGAAGAAAAUGCUACAGCACGAUUAAUAAUCCAAAAAAGCGACAAUGCCAAUGGCUUAUUUGGUUUCACUGGAGCAUGUAUACCAGAGGUGGCAGAGGAGGGAUCCACGGUUUCCUGUGUGGUCGAGCGCACUAGGGGAGCCCUGGGCUACGUGUAUGUGUCUUAUACCAUCUCGCAGAUCGAAGCCAAUGGCAUGCCUUACCUUGUGGAUGAUUUUGCCAAUGCCAGUGGAACUAUUACAUUCCAUCCUUGGCAGAGAUCGGAGGUCCUGAAUAUACAUGUUCUUGAUGAUGAUACUCCUGAGCUGAAUGAGUAUUUUCGUGUGACUCUGAUUUCUGCAAUUCCGGGAGAUGGAUCAAUGGGUUCAACUCCCACCAGUGGUGCCAGUAUUGAUCCCGAAAAGGAGACUACGGAUGUCAUGGUCAAGGCCAGUGACCAGCCAUACGGGCUGCUGCAGUUCUCCACCGGGCAGCCACCUCAUCCUGAGGAUGCCAGGAGUCUGCCUGCCACCAGCGUACCACACGUCACCGUGCAAGAGGAGGACGGGCAGGUCAGACUACUGGUCGUCCGGGCACAAGGCCUCCUGGGGACUGUGUCUGUGGAAUUCAGGACUGUGUCAGAGACAGCAUCCAGUCCGGGGGAUUACCAGAGUGUUGCUGGUAUGUUAGAAUUUCAGCCAGGAGAAAGAUACAAGUACAUUUCUGUCAACAUCACUGACAAUUCUGUUCCUGAAUUGGAGAAGUCUUUUAAAGUUGAGUUGUUAAACUUGGAGGGAGGAGCCGAACGCUUUAGGGGUGAUGGCAGUGGUAGUGGUGAUGGGGACGUGGAAUUCUUUCUUCCAACUAUUCGGAAACUUGCCAGUCUAGGAGUGGCUUCACAAAUUCUAGUGACAAUUGCGGCCUCUGACCAUGCUCAUGGCGUGUUUGAAUUUAGUUCCGAGUCUCUCUUCAUUAGUGGAACUGAACCAGAAGAUGGACACAGCACUGUUACAUUAAAUGUGAUGAGAAGCCACGGAGCUCUGUCUCCGGUGACUUUGCAUUGGAGCAUAGACUCUGAUCCUGAUGCUGAUCUUGCCUUCACCUCUGGCAAUGUCACUUUUGACAUUGGGCAGAGAAGUGCCAAUAUCACUGUGGAGGUGCUGCCAGACGACGAGCCAGAGUUGGAUAAGGCAUUCUCUGUGUCUCUCAUCAGUGUCUCCAGUGGGUCCCUGGGAAGCCACACAAAUGCCACGCUCACAGUUUGGGCUAGUGAUGAUCCUUAUGGCGUCUUCGUCUUUUCAGAGGCAAACAGACCUAUGAAAGUUGAGGAAGCAACCCAGAAUGUCACCUUGUCUAUCAUCAGGUUGAAAGGUCACAUGGGGAAAGUCAGAGUUCGCUAUGCAACACUGGAUGAUACAGAAAAACCACCUUAUUCCUCACCUAACAUAGCCAGCGCAACUCAAGGAAAGGACUAUGUGUCGGCCUCUGGAUUUGCUCUUUUUGGAGCCAAUCAGAGUGAGGCAACUAUAAAUAUUCCAAUUUUGGAUGAUGAUGAGCCAGAAAGAUCAGAGUCCAUGUUCAUUCAGCUACUCAACGCUACAUUAGAAGAGCAAGUACAAGCUCGUACAAUUCCAAAUUCUCCAUGCAUUGGGCCUAAGGUGGAAGCCCUUGCCCAUGUGGUUAUCACUGCCAAUGAUGAUGCAUUUGGAAUCCUUCAACUCUCAGCACCAGCUGUUCGAGUGGCAGAAAGUCACGUGGGACCCAUUAUCAAUGUGACCAGAACAGGAGGAGCCUUUGCAGAUGUGUCUGUGAAGUUCAAAGCUGUGCCAAUCACUGCUGUGGCUGGUGAAGAUUAUAGUAUAGCUUCCUCAGAUGUGGUAUUGUUGGAAGGGGAAACUAGCAAAGUGGUGCCAAUAUAUAUCAUUAAUGACAUCUACCCUGAGCUCGAAGAGUCUUUGCUUGUGCAACUACUGAAUCAAACAACAGGAGGAGCCAAAUUAGGGGCCUUGACAGAGGCAGUCAUUAUUAUUGAGGCCUCUGAUGACCCCUAUGGGUUAUUUGAUUUUCAGAUUACUAAACUUACUGUAGAGGAGCCUGAGUUUAGCUCAGUGGAGGUAAACCUGCCAAUAAUUCGAAAUUCUGGGACACUCGGCACUGUUACUGUUCAGUGGGUUGCCACCAUUACUGGACAGCUUGCUACUGGCGACCUGCAAGUUGUCUCAGGUAAUGUGACCUUUGCCCCUGGGGAAACCAUUCAAACCUUGUUGUUAGAGGUCCUGGCGGACGACGUUCCGGAAAUCGAAGAGGUUAUCCAAGUGCAACUAACUGAUGCCUCUGGUGGAGGUACCAUUGGGUUAGAUCGAGUGGCAAAUAUUGUCAUUCCUGCCAAUGAUAAUCCUUAUGGUACGGUAGACUUUGUUCAAUCCAUUUAUCGUGUUCAAGAGCCUCUGGAAAGAAGUUCCUGUGCUAACAUAACUGUCAGGAGAAGAGGAGGGCACUUUGGUCAGCUGCUGCUGUUCUACAGUACUUUUGAUAUCGACGUAGUGGCUCUUGCAAUUGAAGAAGGUCAAGAUUUGCUGUCCUACUAUGAACCGCCGGUUCAAGGGGUGCCUGACCUGCUUGGGAGAACUUGGGUGAAUAUGUCUGCAGUGCAUGAGCCCCAGUACACCUGUGCCAUCCUCUGCCUCAAGGAGCCAGCUUGCUCAGCGUUUGCUUUCUCCAGUGCUCCUGAGGUCCCACAGUGCUUUUGGAUGACAUCAUGGACUAGCCCAUCUGCCAACAGUUCAGAUUUCUGGACUUUCAGGAAAAAUAGGACACGGGUAGCAUCUCUAUUCAGUGGUCAGGCUGUGGCAGGCAGUGACUAUGAACCCGUGACAAGGCAGUGGGCUGUCAUGCUGGAAGAUGAUGAGUUUGCAAAUCUCACAGUUUCCAUUCUUCCUGAUGAUUUUCCUGAGAUGGAUGAGAGCUUUCAGAUUUCUUUGCUGAAAGUCCACCUUAUGAACAUCACAGCCAGUUUGCAAAAUCAGCCAACUAUUGGGCAGCUGAAUACGUCCACGGUUGUCAUAGCACUAAAUGGUGACGCAUUUGGCGUGUUUGUCAUCUACAGCAUUAGUCCCAAUACCUCAGAAGAUGGCUUCUUUGUGGAAGUCCAGGAGCAACCCCAGGCUGUGGUGGAGCUGGUGAUCCACAGGACAGGGGGUAGCUUGGGUCAGGUGACUGUCGAGUGGCGUGUUGUAGGAGGGACGGCUACUGAAGGUAUAGACUUCCUAGGUGAUGGAGACGUUCUGACCUUUGCAGAAGGAGAAACCAAGAAGACGGUCAUCGUGACCAUUCUGGAUGAUUCCGAGCCGGAGGAUGAUGAAAGCAUCCUAAUUAGCCUGGUAUACACUGAUGGUGGCAGUAGAAUUCUGCCCAGCUCGGACACUGUCAGAGUGCACAUUUUGGCCAAUGAUAAUGUGGCGGGAAUUGUUAGCUUUCAGACAGCUUCCAGAUCUGUAAUAGGUCAUGAAGGAGAAAUCCUACAGUUCCAUGUGAUAAGAACGCCCCCUGGUCGGGGAAAUGUUACUGUUAACUGGAAAAUUAUUGGACAAAAUUUAGAGUUGAAUUUUGCCGACUUCUCUGGACAACUCUUCUUUCCUGAGGGAUCCUUGAACAACACAAUAUCUGUGCAUUUGUUGGAUGACAAGAUUCCAGAGGAGAAAGAAGUCUACCAAGUCACUCUGUCAGAUGUUGAGACGCAAGGUGUGCUGCCAGCAGGAAUGGCUCUGCUUGAUGCUCAAGGAUACACGGCUGCCCUGACGGUGGAGGCCAGUGAUGAACCCCAUGGAGUCGUCAAUUUUGCUCUUGCGUCGCGAUUCCUUCUCCUACAGGAGGCUAAUGUAACCAUCCAGCUUUUCAUCAACAGAGAAUUCGGAUCUCUAGGCGUAAUCAAUAUCACGUAUGCCACAGUUCCUGGAUUGUUAAGUCUCAAGAAUCAAACGGGACACCUAGCAGAGCCAGAAGUUGAUUUUGUUCCUGUAGUUGCCUAUCUGAUUUUGGAAGAAGGGGAAACAGCAGCUGCCAUCAACAUUACCAUCCUUGAGGAUGAUAUGCCAGAGCUAGAAGAGUAUUUCCUGGUGAACUUAACUUCUGUUGAACUUAUCAUGGCUCCGUUAACUUCAUUUCCUCCCAGACUUGAUUCAGAAGGCUUGACUGCAGAAAUUGUUAUUGAUGCCAAUGAUGGUGCCCGAGGUGUUGUUGAGUGGCAACGUGACAGGUUUGAAGUAAAUGAAACCCAUGGAAGCCUCACGCUGGUAGCCCAGAGGAGCAGAGCGGCAGUGGGCCAUGUAGCCUUGUUUGUGUACGCCCAGAAUUUGGAAGCACAGCUGGGGUUGGAUUACAUCUUCACCCCAAUGGUUCUUCAUUUUGCUGAUGGAGAAAGGUACAAAAAUAUCGAUGUCAUGAUUCUUAAUGAUGACAUUCCAGAAGGAGAUGAAAAAUUUCAGCUGAUUUUAACUAAUCCUUCUCCUGGACUAGAGCUAGGGGAGCAUACCACAGCCUUAAUUACUGUCCUUGCCAAUGAUGAUGGACCAGGAGUACUAUCAUUCAACAACUCGGACCACUUCUUCCUAAGAGAGCCAACAGCAAUGCAUGUGCAGGAGAGUGUGGCGGUGCUGUAUGUCCUGCGGGAACCUGCCCAGGGACUGUUUGGCACGGUGACUGUUCAGUUCCUGGUGACAGGAGUGAAUACCUCAAUGGAGUCCACAGAUCUGACUCCUUCCAAAGGCUAUAUCGUUCUGGAAGAGGGUGUUCGAUUCAAGGCUCUUCAUAUAUCUGCCAUACUAGACUCAGAACCAGAAAUGGAUGAGCAUUUUGUAUGCACCUUGUUGAAUCCAACUGGUGGUGCCAGGCUAGGGGAACGUGUUCAGACCCGGAUAACUGUUUUGCAGAACCAGGCUCCUUUGGGACUCUUUGGCAUCUUGGCAAUUGAAAACAGAGCCACCUCUGUGGACGUAGAGGAAGCUAACAGAACUGUGUAUCUAAACGUGUCACGUACCAAUGGCAUUGAUUUGGCCGUGAGUGUGGAGUGGGAGACAGUAUCUGAAACAGCCUUUGGCAUGAGGGGAAUGCAUGCUGUGCUUUCUGUAUUUCAAAAUUUUCUAGAAGACUCGGCAUCUGGCUGGUGUUUCUUUAAUUUGCACGAGUCAGCAUAUGGCAUAAUGUUACAGAAACCAUCCGUUGCUCUUUACCGCUGGCAAGGGGUUUUUAUUCCAGUUGAGGAUUUAGAUAUAAAAAAUGCCAAAACAUGUGAGGCCUUCAGCAUUGGUGCUUCCCCAUAUGUUGUGAUUACUCAGGAAGAAAGAAACAAGGAAAAGCCUUCCAUUAACAAUGUGUAUACAUUCACACCUACAUUCAGAUUACUGCUGGUACAAUCAAUCAUUGUUGCAGAAAGUUCUGAAGUUAAAUAUUUUACUUCGCAAAAUCAACAUUAUUUAAUUGUUGCAAGUCAAAGAGAAGAUUCUGAAUUAACGCAGGUCUUCAGAUGGGACGGAGGAAGCUUUGUGUGGCAUGAGAAACUCCCUGUCCGAGGUGUGCUGACCAUGGCACUGUUCAGCAGGGCAGGCUCUGUGUUUUUAGCCAUCUCCCAGACACACCCCAGGCUGCCUUCCCUUUUGUUCAAAUGGUCUGGGAACAGCUUUCUGAGCUUGCAAGAGGUGCCGGUCCUUGGGGCAACACAGAUGGAGGCUUUGUCUUCAGGAAAUGAUGUCUACCUCAUUUUUGCCAAAAACGUGUUUCCAGGAGAGCAGAAUUCAGUGGAUAUUUUCAUCUGGGAGACAGGACACUCUGCUUUCAGAUAUUUUCAGUCCCUGGAUUUUGGUUUUGUUAACAAGAUCCAUUCCUUCACCCCAGCUUCAGGAAUAGUUCACGUACUUCUCCUGGGCCAGGAUGCUUCUGCUCUGUAUGGCUGGGAUUCAGAGCUGAACCAGUUCUCUUGGGCCCUGGAAGCCCCUGCAGCUCAAUAUGCAGCUUCUGUCACAGUGAAAUCCCUUAAUUCCAGCAAGAACUUAAUUGCUGUUGUGGGAGCUGCCGGCACACAUCUCUAUGAGCUGGCCUAUGUCUCCAGCCAUUCUGACUUCGUUCCUAGUUCAGGUGAACUUGUAUUUGAACCUGGUGACAGAGAAGCUAUGAUAGCAGUCAAUAUCCUUGAUGAUGUGGUUCCAGAGGAAGAAGAAUCCUUCAAAGUUCAACUUAAAAACCCCAGAGGAGGAGCAGAGAUUGGUGUCAAUGGUUAUGUGAAAAUAACUAUUCUUUCUAAUGAUGGUGCCUAUGGAGUUGUUGCAUUCGCUCAGAAUUCACUGUACAAACAAGUAGAAGAAAUGGAACAAGAUAACCUGGUAACCUUGAGUGUUGAGCGCUUAAAAGGCACAUACGGCCGUGUAACUGUGGCAUGGGAAGCCGAUGGAAGUGUUGGUGAUAUUUUUCCUACUUCAGGAGUGAUUUCCUUUGCUGAAGGGCAGGCGCUGUGUGCGAUUACCCUAACUGUUCUUGCUGAUAACAUCCCAGAGUUGUCAGAGACUGUGAGCAUAACUCUCACCCACAUCAGCACAGAAGGAAUUGAAGAGCCAUCAAGAGUCGCUACCAUUGAUCAGAAAAGGAGCAAGUCUGUGCUAACCAUUCUGCCCAGUGACUCACCCCACGGCUUGGUGGGCUGGCAUGCUGAGUCUCUCUUUGUGAGGGUAGUAGAACCCAGAGAGAACAUUAGCAUCCUUCAGUUACAUAUUGUUCGAGACAGAGGACUGUUCGGAGACAUUGCUGUUCACUUGGUAGCGAAGCCCAAUUCCUUGCUGCAUGUUAAUAAUCAAGCUACUGAGAAUGAAGAUUAUGUGCUGCGAGAGGCCGUGGUAAUCAUCGGAGAAAACGUAAAGGAAGCUCACGCUGAAGUUGCCAUUUUGCCGGAUGACAUUCCUGAGCUGGAGGAAGGAUUCACUGUCACCAUCAGGGAGGUGACCCUGGGUCACUCUGACUUCUCUGCAGGACAGCCCAGUGUGCAGGGGCCUGGGCUACAAGUUGCUGAGCUACUGAUUGAAGAAAAUGAUGACCCCAGGGGAAUUUUUAUGUUUGCUGAUGCUGGUGGAGUUAUUACUGCUUAUGAGGUGCCGCCUCCCUUGAAUAUUCUUCAAGUUCCUGUUGUCCGGCACGCUGGAAACUUUGGGGCAGUCAGUGUUUAUUGGAAAGCAACAGCAGAUGGUGUUGGCCUGGAAGAUUUUAAGCCAUCUCAUGGGAUUCUUGAAUUUGCAGAAGGACAGGUGAUUGCAAAAAUAGAACUUGCCAUCAUAGAUGAUGCUGAAUUUGAACUCACAGAAACGUUCAAUGUUUCGUUAGUCAGUGUAACUGGAGGCGGCCGGCUUGGUGAUGAUGUGGUAUUAACUGUUGUAAUUCCACAAAAUGAUUCUCCAUUUGGAAUAUUUGGCUUUGAAGAAGAGAGAGUAAUGGUGGAUGAGUCCCUGCUGUCUGCCUCUGACUCCCAUGUGACCCUGACAGUUGUCCGGUCUCCAGGAGGAACAGGAGCUGUCCGACUUCAGUGGGCCCUGGAGGAGAAAGCGAGAGGCAGCCUCAGCCCUUGGAAUGGGACUCUGCACUUUGAUGUGGCCGAGUCCCAGAAGACCAUUGUUUUGCAUUCCAUUCAAGACAAGGUGCUAGAAGAGGACAGGCGCUUCACCGUUCAGCUGACACCGCUCGACGAGGUGGAAAUCUCUCCAGUGAAAGGGAGUGCCUCAAUCAUCAUCCAAGGAGAAAAGGGGGCAGCAUCAGAAGUGGCGAUCGCUGCGUCAUCAAGGCACGUGCUCAUUGGGGAGCCCUGUGCCAGGUACAAUGGGACUGCCAUCAUCAGCCUGGUUCGUGGCCCAGGGAUCUGGGGAGAUGUCACUGUGUCUUGGAGGAUAUUACCACCAUCCUUGGGGGAAUUUACAGAAACAUCAGGAAAACUGGCCAUGCGGGAUGGACAGUCGGCAGCUGUUGUAGUACUGCAGGCUCUGAAUGAUGACAUUCCUGAAGAAAAGUGCUUCUAUGAGUUUCAGCUAGUGGACAUCAGUGAGGGAGGAGUACUGAGCGCCACCGGCCGCACGGCAAAUGUCACAAUGGUGGCCAGUGACACUCCGUAUGGCCUUUUCGCCUUUUCCCAUGAACAGCUUCGCGUGGCAGAGGAAGCCCAGACGGUUAACAUCACUGUCGUCCGAUCUGGUGGCAGUUUUGGCCUGGUAAGACUCUGGUAUGAGACCAGGAGUGGCACAGCGGAAGCAGGCUCGGACUUCGUACCUGUCGCUGGAGAGCUCCUAUUUGAAGCCAGUGAGCUGGUGCGGAGUCUGCAUGUUCAGAUUCUCAAUGAUGACCAUCCCGAGGGCCCCGAAGACUUCUCUCUGGCAAUUACAAACGUGGAGCUCCAAGGAAGGGGGUAUGAUUUCACCAUUCGGGAAAAUGGGCUCCAGAUAGAUCAACCUCCAGAAAUAGGAAACGUUUCCACUCUUCGAAUCACAAUUAUGAAAAACGAUCAUGCAGAGGGCAUCAUUGAAUUUGACCCAAAGUAUACUGCCUUUGAAGUGGAAGAAGAUGUUGGGAUGAUUGCCAUUCCAGUGGUGAGGCUGCGUGGCACAUUCGGCCAUGUGACAGCUGAUUUCGUUGCUCAGAGCUCGUCUGCUCUUCCUGGAGGCAUCGAUUACUUGCUGCACGGCAGCUCUGUGACUUUUCAGCAUGGGCAGAACUUAAGCUUCAUCAAUGUCUCCAUCGUUGAUGAUGAUGACAGUGAAUUUGAGGAGUCCGUUGAAAUUCUGCUCACGGGAGCUACAGGCGGAGCAGUGCUUGGGCACCACCUAGUGAGCAGGAUGACGAUUGCCAAGAGCGACUCUCCUUUUGGCGUUGUAAGAUUUCUCAAUGAAAGCGAUAUUUCUAUUCCUAACCCCAAUGCCACCACGAUUUUGUCCUUGGUGCUGGAACGGACUGGAGGACUCUUGGGAGAGAUUCAGGUGAAUUGGGAGGUGAUGGGCCCCAACUCCCAGGAAGCCUUAGCUGUCCACAAUGCAGACAUGGCGGCCCCGGUGAGUGGGGCUUUCUCUUUUGGAGACGGGGAAGGUGGGCUGCGAGUCAUUGCUUUGACAAUCUAUCCUCAUGAAGAAGUCGAAGUUGAGAAGACUUUUGUUGUGAAACUUGACCUUGUGAAAGGAGAAGCACAGUUAGACUCCAGAGCUAAACAAGUUACCUUCACAAUUCAGAAGUUUGGUCAUCCAAAUGGAGUUGUUCAGUUUGCUCCAGCAUCCUUGUCUAGGAAGACCUAUGUGGAGCCACCUGCUGUGGAAGGGCCCCUGAUCAUCACUUUCUUUGUUGAAAGAAUUAGGGGCACUGUUGGAGAUAUUACGGUUUACUGGGAGCUACAGAGUGAGUUUGAUGUUACUGGCGACUUCAUUGCCACACAUGGGUUUUUCACCAUGGCUGAUGGAGAGGGGGAAGCAAGCUUUGAUGUUCAUUUGCUGCCAGAUAAUACCCCUGAGAUUGAGGAAGACUGCGUGAUCCGACUCAUUUCCGUGGAGGGCGGAGCAGAGCUGGACCUGGACAAGUGCACCGCAUGGUUCUCGGUUUCUGCCAAUGAUGAUCCUCAUGGAGUGUUUGCCCUGUAUGCUGAUGACCAGUCUGUACUUAUCAGGCAAAAUCUUGCUAGAUCUGUGCGAGUUAACGUCACCCGGCUUGCUGGGACAUUUGGCGAUGUGGCUGUGGGGUUUCGAGUAUUUUCUGAUCAUGCCAAAGAACCCAUUGCCCCUGAAGGUAUAGAGAGGCAGCUUGUGGUCAAAGAUGGUGCUCGCUACAAAGUGGACGUUGUGCCCAUAAAGAAUCAGAUCUUCCUGCCACUGGGCUCGAAUUUCACCUUGCAGCUGGUGACUGUGAUGCUUGUUGGUGGACGUUUCUAUGGGAUGCCGGCGAUUCUCCAGGAAGCCCAAUCUGCUGUCCUUCCUGUCCCCGAGAAAGCUGCCAAUUCUCAGGUUGGGUUUGAGUCCUCGGCCUUCCGCCUGACAGACAUCGCUGCUGGCACGAGCCGAGUCGUGAUUUGCAGAAGAGGCACGUAUGGCCCCCUGUCUGUUGCCUGGACCACGGGGUUUGCUGCUGGAGUGGAAAUCCCAGAGCUUACUGUUGUUGGCAACAUGACCCCGGUGCUUGGCAGCGUGUCUUUUUCCCACGGGGAGCAGAGGAAGGGGGUGUCUCUGAGGACCUUUGCCAGCCCUGGACGACCAGAGGCCUUUGUGAUUCACCUGUCAGGAGUGCGCAGCAGUGCCCCGGGGGGAGCCCGACUACGGCCAGGUUUCACUAUGACAGAAGUUGAACCCAUGGGAAUCUUCCAGUUUGCUCCUCAUUCCCGAAACAUCAUUGUGUCAGAAGAAACACGGACAGUUAGAUUACAUGUAGAGAGACUGUUUGGGUUCCGUGGUGAUCUCAUUCAAGUUUCCUACCAGACAACUGCAGGAAGUGCCAAGGCUCUAGAAGACUUUCAGCCUAUUCCCAAAGGGGAACUGCUUUUUCAGCAGUUCCAGACAGAGGUGGAGUUUGAAGUCGUUAUUCUUAACGACCAGCUUCUUGAGACAGAAGAAGUUUUUUACAUUAAUCUUACUGCAGUAGAAGUCAGGGGAUUACAGAAGUUUGGUGCUGACUGGGACCCACGCCUGCAUCCAUACUUCCAUGUGGCAGUGAUCACAAUAUUGGAUGAUGAUGACCUGGCAGGAACAGCUGUUUCUUUCCCUACGACUACUGUGACCAUGAUAGUUGACACUGGUCUCACUUCAGUACAAGUGGAUUCUACUACACAUCCUCACACAAACAAGAUGGCCACCCUUCCACUAGUAACAGAGAUGCUCACUGUCACUGAGGCAACAGGUGCACCUGCCAUCCCAGAGCAGCUUAUCUCUCUUGAUGCUACACCUACUGCGUCAGAGAGGCCUGAUGUGGCCACCAUGACUGCUGAUGUUGCCAAUCAGGGAACCUUUAGCCUUGGACCACCCAUUGUUUACGUUGAGGAGGAGGUGAAGAAUGGCACAUGGAACACUGUGGAAGUUGUGAUCCGAAGGACCGGUGGGUUUGCUGGCAAUGUCAGUGUGACGGUUAGAACCCUUGGUGGGAGACGUGCUGAGAAGGAACCAAACUUGAUGCCUCCCCACAAUCUCUCUCUGAUAUCUCAUCUAAUGUGGGCAGUAGAAGAACAAGACUUUACAGAACAAACUCUUGUCCUGGCAUUCCUAGAGGGAGAAUGGGAGCAUCAAGUGUCCAUUCCAAUUGUGGAUGAUGAUGAGCCUGAAGGGCAGGAGUUCUUCUUUGUGCUUCUCACGGACCCUCAAGGAGGAGCACAGAUUGUAAAGGGGAAGGAUGAUGCUGGCUUUGCUGAAUUUGCUGUGAUCAUCAUCACAGGAAGUGAUCUUCACAACGGCAUCAUAGGACUCAGUGAGGAAUCUCAGAGUGGACUGGAACUGGCUGAAGGAAUUGAUGCGGGGAGACUGCGUCUCACCGUUUCCAGGCAGCCAGACAGGGCCUUUGAAGAUGUCAGGGUCUUGUGGCGAGUCUCGCUCAACAAAACAGCCGUUGUGCUGCAGAAAGAUGGGGUCAACCUGAUGGAUGAACUUGUGUCUGUAUCUGGGACCACGACCUGCACCGCGAGGCAAACACAAUGCUUUAUCACCAUCGAACGCAAGCCAGAGAAGGUAUCUCGAGCUGAAAUGCACUUUUUUGUGGAACUGUAUGAAGUGACUGCUGGGGCAGAAAUAAACAACAGUGCCAGAUUUGCCCAGAUCACAGUCUCCCCGAGGGCUGAGCCGGGUGCUGUGUACUUUGCUGUAGGCUCUCGUCUGGCAGUGGCUCACAGGAAGGCCACAUUGAUGAGCCUGCAGGUGGCCCGAGAUGGUGGGACGGGACUCAGGAUGUCCGUCAAUUUCAGCACUCGGGAGCUGAGGAGUGCUGAAACCAUCGGUCGGACCGUCCUGUCCCCUGCCGUGUCUGGGAAGGAUUUUGUGAAAACCGAGGGCACGUUAGUGUUCGAGCCUGGCCAGAGAAGCACCAUGUUGGAUGUCACCCUGACUCCAGAGAUGGGGUCUUUAAAUCCAUUCCCUAAGCGCUUUCAAAUUGUGCUUUCUGAGCCUCAAGGAGGUGCCAGGGUCCACGACGUGUAUGGGGUAGCCAAUGUCACGCUGGUGUCGGACGCAGAUUCACAGGCUGUGUGGGGGCUUGCAGAGCAGUUGCACCAGCCCCUGGACGCCGACAUCCUCAGCCGGGUGCUCCACACGCUCAGCCUGAGGGUGGCCACGGAGAACACGGAGGAACAGCUCAGUGCCGUGGUGCAUUUAAUAGGACAGAUAACUGUCGGAGGGAAAAAUCAAGCUUUCGGGCCCGAAAGCCGAGCUCUUCUUUAUGAGAUUCUUUGUUCUCUCCUCAACCCGGAGCGCAAGGAUACGCGGGGCUUCAUCCACUUUGCCCAAGUGACGGAGAACUUGGCCUUUUCUUUGCUGACUAAUGUCACCUGUGGCUCUCCUGCUGAGAAAAGCAAAACCCUCCUUGACAGUUGUCCAUAUUUUUCAAUCCUGGCUCUUCGCUGGUACCCACAACAAAUCAAUGGGCACAAGUUUGAAGGAAAGGAAGGAGAUUAUAUUCGACUUCCAGAGCGGCUAUUGGAUGUCCCAGAUGCAGGAAUAAUGGCUGGGCAAAAUAUGUGUAAAUUAGUCCAGUUUACGGAGUACAGCAGCCAGCAGUGGUUUCUAACCAAAAACAAACUUCCAGCUCUGAAAAAUAAGGUCUUGUCUGUGAGUGUGAAAGGUCACAGUUCACAGCUCCUGACGAACAACAACGAAGUUGUCUACAGGAUUUAUGCUACCGAACCCAGGAUUGUUCCACAGACGUCUCUCUGUCUUCUUUGGAAUCAGGCUGCUGCAAGCUGGUUGUCUGACGGUCAGUUAUGCAAAGUGGUUGAGGACACUGCCAACUACGUGGAGUGCGCCUGCUCGCACAUGUCUGUGUACGCUAUCUACGCCCAGACCGACAACUUAUCUUCGUACAACGAGGCCUUUUUCUCUUCUGGAUUUAUAUGUAUCUCAGGUCUCUGUUUGGCCGUCCUUUCCCAUAUCUUCUGUGCCAGAUACUCCAUGUUUGCAGCUAAACUUCUGACCCACAUGAUGGCAGCCAGCUUGGGAACACAGGUUGUGUUUUUGGUGUCCGCCUAUGCAAGCCCCCAGCUGUCUGAGGAAGGCUGCUCCGCCCUGGCCGCUGUCUGUCACUACCUGUACCUCUGCCAGUUCAGCUGGAUGCUCAUCCAGUCUGUGAACUUCUGGUAUGUGUUGGUGAUGAAUGACGAGCACACGGAAAGGCGAUACCUGCUGUUUUUCCUUCUGAGCUGGGGCCUCCCGUCUUUAGUGGUGGUCCUCCUCAUAGUCAUCCUGAGAGGCAUCUAUCAUCUGAGCAUGGCCCAGAUCUACGGACUCAUUCACGGAGACCUGUGCUUCAUCCCCAACAUCUAUGCCGCUCUGUUCACUGCAGCUCUCGUGCCUUUGAUGUGCCUGGUGGUGGUGUUUGUGGUGUUCAUUCAUGCCUACCAGGUGACGCCACAGUGGAAGGCAUAUGACGAUGUCUUCAGAGGAAGAACUAAUGCUUCAGAAAUUCCACUGAUUUUGUACCUGUUUGCCCUGAUUUCUAUGACGUGGCUUUGGGGAGGACUGCACAUGGCUUACAGACACUUCUGGAUGCUGGUUCUUUUUGUCAUUUUCAACAGUCUACAGGGACUCUACGUGUUUGUGGUUUAUUUCAUUAUGCACAACCAGAUGUGUUGUCCCAUGAAGGCCAGCUACACAGUAGAAGUGAACGGGCAUCCUGGACCCAGCACAGCCUUCUUCACUCCGGGGAGUGGAAUGCCACCAGCAGGAGGGGAGAUCAACAAAUCUACACAGAACCUCAUCGGCGCUCUGGAGGAGGUACCACCUGACUGGGAGAGAGCAUCCUUCCAACAAGCCAGCCGGGCCAGCCCCGAUCUAAAGCCGAGUCCCCCAAACGGUGCCACAUUUCCUGCAUCUGGAGGAUACAGCCAGGGAUCGCUGGUAGCCGAUGAGGAGUCUCAGGAGUUCGAUGACUUGAUAUUUGCAUUAAAAACUGGUGCUGGCCUCAGUGUCAGUGACAACGAAUCCGGCCAGGGCAGCCAGGAGGGAGGCACCCUGACCGACUCCCAGAUCGUGGAGCUCCGGAGGAUCCCCAUUGCCGACACCCACCUCUAGCCCCUCACCGGCCUCCUCAGUGAAGACGAUGCGUUUGUAUGGCUGUUGCCUUUUGAGCUAACACGUAUCAGGACACAGCAGUGAGUUAGGAAUCUAUGAACUCUACUGAUGAUUAACCCAGAAAUCUACUUGUGUCUUAACCUCCGUGCAACGUGAAAAUUCACUACUAGAGUACAAGAUUGGAUCCAUUUAUGUCGAUUAGUAGGAUGUACGUAUUACAGGAAUAUUAGCUGUUUUUUUAAAUCUUCCUACAUGGCUAAUACUGCUU